GUUUUUAUUUGACUGACGUCUAAAAUUUCAGUACGUAUUUCAUGCAGGUAAAAGUUAAUACAUUCGGGUUUAAUUUUAAAAAAGGAUAAUUUCCUAAUCUUCUUUCAAUAAAUAAUUCAUCCAGUAACUCAGCCGUUAAAAUGAGUUUAGAGUCUAUAAAAUAUACAAGAGGAAGCUUAGAGAUUUUAGACCAGCUUCUAUUGCCUUUACAAACAAGAUAUGUCAAAGUAAAAGGUGUUGAAGAUGGCUGGAAAGUUAUCAAUAAAAUGCAGGUCAGAGGAGCCCCCGCCAUAGCUAUAGUCGGAUGCUUAUCACUUGCGGUCGAACUAGAGAGGGAUAACAAUUCAGACAAAAAAAUUAUGAGGCAAGAGAUUGAGGGUAAACUGAAUUAUCUGGUUUCUGCUCGACCAACAGCUGUGAACAUAAAGCUGGCAGCAGAUGAAUUGAUAAAUUUAGCAAAUACUCUAAGUGCUGACGAAAGUGUCACUCCUGAGGAUUUUAAAGAAAGGUUUAUAAGCAGAAUAGAAGGAAUGCUGAUAAAAGACAUAGAGGACAACAAAGCUAUAGGCAGGUAUGGCUGUGAGGCUAUACUAAAGACAUUGGAAGGUGAUGGUCCAGUCAGGAUCCUGACACACUGCAACACUGGCUCCUUGGCAACUGCCGGCUAUGGCACUGCUCUUGGUGUUAUUAGGUCUCUGCAGGAAACCAAGCGACUUGAUCACGUAUACUGCACGGAAACGAGACCUUACAAUCAGGGGGCGCGGCUGACGGCUUACGAACUGGUUCACGAGAAGAUCCCAUCCACGUUAAUUGUGGACAGUGUCGUGUCAGCCCUUAUGAAUACUCGGAGGAUAAGCGCAGUUGUUGUCGGUGCUGAUAGGGUCGCGGCGAACGGUGACACAGCUAAUAAAAUAGGAACGUAUCAAAUAGCGAUUACGGCGAAACACCAUGGAGUGCCUUUCUAUGUGGCGGCCCCACUGACUUCCAUAGACAUGGCGCUUACGUCUGGAGACAAGAUAAAGAUUGAAGAGAGGCCAGAUAGGGAAAUGACUCAUGUUGGCGAACACAGGAUUGCAGCGCCUGGCAUAAAUUGUUGGAAUCCAUCUUUCGAUGUCACGCCAGCUGCAUUAAUAACUGGAAUUAUCACUGAAAAAGGUGUCUUUGCACCCGACAAAUUAAGCGAAAUCGAUUCCAAAUAACAUAAUUAUUGUAUUUAUUUUUGCCAAACUUACAGCAUCCAUUAAUUUAAAAUUAUUCGAAAUAUUAUAAGUAGGUCGUAUCCAAUACAUAGCUAUGUUUUUAUAAGAUUGUUAUACUGUUUAUUGUUAUAAUCGCAUGUAAGAAUAAAAUUAUUGUAAAAAAAUA